AUGCACUCGAUAAGAUCACAUAUAUUAAGAUCUUCUAAACGUUACAUAUCUGCAUCCACCAAGAGAUUGGCAGAAGUUGAAGUCACAGUGGAUGGUAGAAAAGUUUCUAUCGAAGCUGGAUCUUCAAUUAUUCAAGCUGCUGAAUUGGCAGGUGUUACUAUCCCACGUUAUUGUUAUCAUGAAAAAUUAGCCGUUGCAGGUAACUGUCGUAUGUGUUUAGUUGAUGUUGAAAGAAUGCCAAAAUUAAUUGCUUCAUGUGCCAUGCCUGUAGCAAAUGGUAUGGUUGUUCAUACUGAUUCUGAAAGAAUUAAAAAAGCCAGAGAAGGUGUCACUGAAAUGUUAUUGGAAAACCAUCCAUUGGAUUGUCCUGUUUGUGACCAAGGUGGGGAAUGUGAUUUACAAGAACAAUCCCAAAGAUAUGGUUCUGAUCGUGGUAGAUUCCUGGAAGUUGUUGGUAAAAGAGCCGUUGAAAAUAAAGCCAUUGGUCCAUUAGUUAAAACUUCUAUGAACAGAUGUAUUCACUGUACCAGAUGUGUUCGUUUUAUGAAUGAUGUUGCUGGUGCUCCAGAAUUUGGUACUGCUGGUAGAGGUAAUGAUAUGCAAAUUGGUACUUAUAUUGAAAGAAACAUCAAUUCAGAAAUGUCUGGUAACAUCAUUGAUUUAUGUCCUGUUGGUGCUUUAACUUCUAAACCAUAUGCUUUUAGAGCAAGACCAUGGGAAUUGAAGAGAACUGAAACUAUUGAUGUUUUGGAUGCCAUUGGUUCUAAUGUCAGAGUCGACACCAGAGGUAUUGAAGUUAUGAGAGUUUUACCAAGAUUGAAUGACGAUGUUAAUGAAGAAUGGAUUUCUGAUAAAACUAGAUUUGCCUGUGAUGGUUUGAAAACUCAACGUUUGACUACUCCAUUGAUUAGAAACGGUGAUAAAUUUGAAACAGCCACUUGGGAUGAAGCUUUAUCUACUAUUGCUUCUGCAUAUGCCAAGAUUCAACCAAAAGAUGGUGAAUUGAAAGCCAUUGCUGGUGCUUUAACUGAUGCUGAAUCUUUGGUUGCUUUGAAAGAUUUGACCAACAAAUUGGGUUCUGAAAAUGUUACUACUGAUGUUAAACAAGCUGUCAAUGCUCAUGGUUUUGAUAUCAGAUCCAACUAUAUCUUCAACUCUACUAUUGAUGGUAUUGAAGACGCUGAUCAAAUUUUGUUGGUUGGUACUAACCCAAGAUUUGAAGCUGCUGUGUUGAACUCUAGAAUUAGAAAAGUCUGGUUGAGAUCUAAUUUGGAAAUUUCCUCUGUUGGUCAAGAAUUUGAUUCUACUUUUGAUGUUGCCAACUUGGGACAAGAUGCCGGUGCUUUAGAAAAAGCUCUUGGUGGUGAACUUGGUAAGAAAUUAGGUGAAGCCAAGAAACCAUUGAUUAUUGUUGGUUCUGGUGUUGCUGAAUCUAAAGAUGCCGAAUCUAUUUAUAAAUUGGUUGGUGAAUUUGCCACCAAACAUGCAAAUUUCAAUACAGCUGAAUGGAAUGGUGUUAAUUUGUUGCAUCGUGAAGCUUCUAGAGUUGGUGCUUUAGAUAUUGGUUUCAGCAGUUUAACUCAAGAUCCUACCAAACCAAAAUUCAUUUACUUGUUGGGAGCUGAUGAAAUUACCAAUAAAGAUAUUCCAAGAGAUGCAUUUGUAGUAUACCAAGGUCAUCAUGGUGAUAUUGGUGCUUCAUUUGCUGAUGUUAUCUUGCCAGGUUCUGCAUACACUGAAAAAUCAGGUACUUAUGUCAACACUGAAGGUAGAACUCAAGUUACUAGAGCUGCCACUAAUGCACCAGGUGUUGCUAGAGAAGAUUGGAAGAUUAUUAGAGCAUUAUCUGAAUAUUUGAAUGCUAAAUUGCCGUAUGAUGAUAUUAUAAGUGUAAGAAUGAGAUUAGGAGAAAUUGCCCCACAUUUGGUUAGACAUGAUGUUGUUGAACCAGUAUCACAAGAAAUUGCCAAGAUUGGUUUUACUGAUUUGAUAAAUAAGAAUAAAUCUGCCACUAUAUUUGGAGAACCAUUGAAGAAUCCAAUUGAUAAUUUCUAUUUCACUGAUGUUAUUUCUAGAUCUUCCCCAACAAUGGCUAAAUGUGUUUCAUCAUUUGGUGCUAAAAUAGAUAAAGUCAAAGAUGAAAAACCAGACAUUAACUUUUAA